AAGCAAAAAUUAAGUCGAUAAAUCUGCAAAGCACAGCGCGAGUCUCAAACCGAGAUCGUAUUUCUGAGAGAGAGAAGAUGAACCAUAACCAAAACCAGAACCAGAACCAGAACCAGCAAUCGAGCGAAGGCAGCAGGCACGAUGACGACGCGGCCCUCACCGAAUUUCUUGCUUCCUUAAUGGACUACACCCCCACUAUACCCGACGAACUUGUGGAGCACUACUUGGCCAAAAGCGGCUUUCAAUGCCCCGACGUUCGAUUAAUUAGGCUGGUAGCUGUUGCCACACAAAAGUUUGUUUCUGAGGUUGCAACUGAUGCUCUUCAGCAAUGCAAAGCAAGACAAGCUUCUGUAGUCAAAGACAAAAGGGACAAACAACAAAAGGAUAAGCGCCUCAUAUUGACGAUGGAAGACCUUUCAAGGGCGUUACGUGAGUACGGUGUUAAUGUGAAGCACCAAGAAUAUUUCGCUGACAGCCCUUCAACCGGGUUGGAUCCUGCAUCAAGAGAAGAAUGAUUUGAAUUGUAUUUCUGUUAUUCCAUUUUCAGCUUGUGUGGGGUUAUAACUAAUAGCAAUGGUGCUAGAUGACUAGGUGAUGCUCAAUCACUCUUUCUUCCGCUUUUAUGUAUGCACUUUCAAUUUUUUCAGACUGAAGAUAUAUUUCUUGAUAUGAAGUAGUUAAGUUGUACAUCGAUGGAAUUAUACAGUAAAAAGACUGCAUAUCCGAUUAUUUGAU